CCCAAAUAUACAUAAGAAAUAAGAUUUGAGAAUUGAGAAUUAAGAUAAAGUAAUAAUGUCGAGUGAUCCCCGCAGCGUGGUAAGAAAGUUUCUUGCGAGGCCUCAACAUGAAGGAGCUGGAGCUGUUGUCAGAAGGAGCAUCGGGAGGUUCGAGCUUAAAUACUUCGAUCCUUUCCUUGUUUUGGAUGAAUUCUCAGUAUCUGCUCCUGCUGGAUUUCCUGAUCAUCCACAUCGAGGUUUUGAGACUGUCACAUACAUGUUACAGGGAGCUGUAACACAUGAAGACUUUGAGGGACACAAAGGGACCAUCGGAGUUGGUGACUUACAAUGGAUGACUGCUGGAAGAGGGAUUGUGCAUUCCGAAAUGCCUGCUUCUCAUGGCACUCAAAAAGGCUUGCAAUUAUGGAUCAACCUCUCUUCUAGAAACAAAAUGAUUGAGCCAAGGUACCAAGAGAUGGCGAGUAGGAAUAUUGCAGAAGCUACUGAAGAUGGAGUUACAGUAAGAAUUAUAGCAGGGGAGAGCUUGGGGAUGAAGUCGCCAAUAUAUACAAGAACACCCACAAUGUUUCUUGAUAUUACAAUGGAACCAGGAACCCAACUUCAACAGCCUAUACCCGAAUCAUGGAAUGCGUUUGUAUACGUAUUAGAGGGAGAAGGUGUGAUUGGAACCUCAAAAUCAUCAUCCACGACACCACACCAUAUUCUACUUCUGGGUCCUGGCGAUGGCGUUCAGGUUUGGAACAAGUCAUCAUCCAAAAGGCUACGCUUCAUUUUGGUUGGAGGAGAACCACUGGGAGAACCUGUUGUUCAGUGGGGUCCUUUUGUCAUGAACACACAAGAACAAAUUGACCAGACGAUUCACGAUUGUGAGAAUUUUGAAAACGGAUUUGAGAAAGCCAGGUAUUGGAGGUCGUCUGAUCAACCCACUCAUCAUCAAGACCACACCUUUUAGAAUUUUCUCUUCAUCUCGAUUGUAUAUGUUUUUUCUUUUGUCAUUUCAUAUUUUCAUAAGGUUUUAGCCUUUUAGGUGCAUGCAUGUUAAUUGGGUUUAAUUAAUUAAUAAAAAUAAGACAAUGAUAAUCAUCUAUGA